CUUCAUUCGAUCUUUCCUUUGGCCUUGAGAACGCGAUCCCGGUAAAUGAUAAAAAUUCCAGCUUGAAGCAUGCAACAUUACUCGCUGUCCAAGACAAUUUUGCAUGCUUAAGCCUUCUCACACGUAUUCAACCAGAAAGCAUCGCAAAUUGUCUGAGAUUGUCCUCAAUCUCAAAUCACUUGCUACACUUUACCUAAAAUAGUUCUCUGCCAGUGAGGUGUGAAAACUACGAGAUCACACGCACCUUUCCAGCAUGCCAUCCGCAUCAGCUACAACUCGCCGAGCAGGGACUGCUGGCAACACACAAACACGAGAUGCUCCGUCGUAUGAGCAGCCACUUUUCGCUCUCAACCCGGCAGCGCAGCGCUCGCUCGCUCAGAUCAGCCGGAAUCGCAAUCUCAGUCAACUUCAGAAGAACCUGAAAGAUGCUCAGAAGUGCCUCGCAGACACGGCGGUGGAAAUCAACGAUCGGCUCAUCGUGCGCGAGAACGCGCUUGAGAAGCACAAACAACGCCAGGCUUUGAACACGGAUGGCAACGAAAACGCCGCAAUCUCCGAGUUGACUCCCAUUCAGGAAAGCACAGCAAGGCUGACCGAGCGAAUGGACGAAACCAUUCGCCGCAUUAUUGAUGCCCAGCAGAGCAUUGACGCAGUUGGAGCAUCGCUACGGCACACAGUAGACGCUACUCAACAAGAUCCGAGCACACAAGCUGGGACUCAAGCGUCGCGGGUCACUCGUCGCGCAGCUCACGCGAGUACUGAAGAUAGAAGUGAAGAGGUCGAUGCUUCCGAAAUGCAAGGCAGUUUCCAGGACUUCACACCAACUGAUCCGGCUGGCGGCACACAGGCUAUACGACCACCUCUGCACAUUUUCCGCGAGAGGGUUGAGAAGGAUCAGAUUCUCUAUCAACGUCAGACACUGACGGAAAGGUACGCUGAAAACAACGAUUACCGUGAGUUCCGGCGCAUCGUGCAUGACGCGCAGCAUCCCGACGACGACGUGCCGAUGCCACAUCACACCGAAUGGUUCUCGGAAGCGGUGGCACCCCCUCCAGGCGUCACGGCAAGCGCUGCGGCUGGUGAUGAGCAAGAUGAUGAUGACGAUGACAUCGCAAUCAGCCGAGCGACAAUCAGUACAAAAUGCCCCCUCACCCUGGUGGAAUUCGUCGAACCUCUCACGUCUACCAAAUGCCCGCAUAGCUUUGAAUCCGAAGCAGUACUUGGCAUGAUUCGCCAGAGUCCCACCAAGACGAUACAGUGCCCGGUGUCCGGAUGUCGAGAAUCGCUUCGGGAGAAGGAUCUUCACGUCGAUGUGGUUCUCAAACGGAAGAUUGAGCGUCUACAGCGAGCCAAGCACAUGGAUGACGAUGACGAUGAUGAGACAGAUAAUACAGGCCGAGAGGGUGGUGCCGGUAACGCCAGUCAGAGAACAGUUCACGUCAUCGAUGAAUUUGAUAUCGAUGACAUGGACACUCGAGAAGAUACGCAAUCGCUGCCCAAAAACGAGCCUCGAUCGACGAGAGGAUGGGAUUAGACACGGGAAAAUUAGCACAUGUGAGGCAACUUCCUGGAAGCUUGCAUAUUCGUCGCUAUGUGAUGACAAUCAGACAAGGUUAUGAGAGAGAUAAAUCGAUUAAAUUCAUGAUAUGGGUAUGGUCGCACAAGUUAUUGACAACGAAACAGGGUGAAACGCACCAACGCCGCGUGCCAAUCGAGAGGCGAGCAAGCGCGUCGAGCAAAGCUAUCGUACAUUUUUGGAGGAAUUGCUCGCUCCUGCCGAUGCCUUCUCUACAUUCGAGACUUGCACAACAAUGCCGCGUUUGUGGCCUUUGAGAGGAAUGCCGUCGUCGAGGUGCUGCCCAGCGCGUUUCGAGCGACGAUCCGCGGCCGAGGGUUUCGUGGCGAAUCGACCCGUGACGCGAUGGGAC